AAAAACUGCAGUAACACCACUGUGUGUCUCACAGACAGACUUUACACACUGUGCGCAGGGCCAGAUCAGCUGGACACUUCAAUACUACGGGGCUCGGCGACAAAGGCAGCAUGAAAAGACUAGAGUGCAUCUCAAUCUGCUGACUGUGCUGUGGGAGUCCGAGAGGAGCGGAGAGUCAUGUCAGAGCCGUUCGACUGUGACAGCUGUAAGGAGUCUCUGUACGGCAGGAAAUAUAUCCAGGUGGACGACGUUCCCCACUGCGUCCCCUGUUACGACCGUCUGUAUGCAAACACCUGCCAGGAGUGCAAAGAGCUUAUCGAACACAACUCACGGGAGCUGUUCUAUGAGGACAGGCAUUAUCACGAACACUGUUUCCGCUGCUCACGCUGCAGCCGUUCGCUGGCCGACGAGCCAUUCACCUGUCAGGAAGAUGCCUUGGUGUGUAACGACUGUUACUGCAAUGAGUUUUCAUCUAAAUGCGUGGCCUGUGGGAAGACUGUGAUGCCAGGCUCCAAGCGGCUGGAAUAUGGAGGCUGCACAUGGCACGAGGAAUGCUUUGUUUGUUGUGGUUGUGAGCAGCCCAUCGGCGCCCAGUCGUUCAUCCCAGACAAGGGCGAGUACUACUGCGUACCCUGUUACGAGGGACGAUUUGCCCCACGCUGCGCCCACUGCAAACAGCUCUUGGUUCAGGGUGGUGUUACAUAUAGAGACGAGCCCUGGCAUAAAGAAUGUUUCUUGUGCACCGGUUGUAAAGUCCAGCUUGCCGGACAGCCAUUUACAACACAGGGUGAAGAUCCAUACUGCGUGAAGUGCUUUAGCAACCUGUACGCCCAAAAAUGCUCUGCCUGCGACAAACCCAUCACAGGUUUUGGAGAAGGGAAGUACAUCUCGUUUGAGGAGCGUCAGUGGCAUCAGCCGUGUUUUAAGUGCUCUGAGUGUUCGGUGUCUCUGGUUGGAGCAGGAUUUUUCCCUGAUGGAUCAAAGAUUCUCUGCAAAAGCUGCAAUGCCAAAUAACCCACAACUGCUUCUUUUAAAUGUGUUAAAGCAGACCUUUGUGUAAUAUAAACACAUUUAUGAAACAUCUGACAUCAUUUAAACAUGUAUGAUGUACAUUAAAGUUUUGGUGUUACAUUCUUCCAAAUGCGGUUGUUAAAAAUCCCUAAACUAGAAGGACAUGUUUGAUCAGGUUGAAGCAUUUUAUGGUUCAAAUUGUAAACGCAAUCAUUUGAACCAAGCACGCGUAUAUGCCAAAGGCGCAGUUUUCUGAGAUGUUGUUUUCGUCAUUACUAGUACAUUUGAGUAAUUUUCCAUGUGUUUGCAUAAACUUCAGGCCUUUAAAUUCCCUCCAACAACAACAUUCCUCAACAAAAUUUACAUUUGAACAAAACACUGACCCAAAUGAUUGUUAGUAUGGGAAGGCCUGUGUUCAACGAGACAUUAUGCUCAAAGAUUGAAUCAUGUAAUGAUGCAUAUUGACAAAAAAUGUUUGUUAAAACAGUGAAUUUUACAGUGCACUAUGUUAAUGCACCAAUGCAUGUUUUUAAUAAUUGUCACAUGAAAUAUUCACAUAUUAACUUCUAUUUAUGUUGCUUUCAAAAGGCUGUUUGAUGAGUUUUACAGAUGUUUGGUGUAUUUUUGCACAUGAAUGCCUCAUGUAAAACUGCUCCUGCUGUUAUAUUGCCUUUCAUUAAAAUGUUUGUGUAACAUGACAGCUUUCAAAUA